UGGAGAUUGCUCUGUGCUCUGAGUGUGCUGGACAGGACGAGCUGCAGCAGAGCGGUAGAGGGAGAAGUACCUUACUACACGCAACGCGCUGCAGCAAGCAACAUGGGCAGGGAGCCAAGUGUGGAGAGGCAUCGCUCCCGUUCCCCCAGACGAAAAUCCCGUCGAUCAAGCGAUAGAGGCCCUGACUACUUUGGACGAGACGACCGAAACAGGCCCAGCAGCGGAAGGGACGGCCGCGACCGCGAGCGAUCUGGAGAGAGGGGUACUCGUCGAGAGCAGGGGGGAGACAGAGGAAGGUCGCGCCGCGUUGAAGGAAGCAGGGAGCGGGGAAGGCGCGGAGGAAGCGAUGCGUAUUAUCGGCGUAGUGUAAGCUCGGAGCGGUCAAGCCGAGCUCGUCCACCGGAUGAAAGGAGACCUUCGCGAUGGGGAAACCCUGUUGAAACGGACACUGUGCACGACAGCAACACUCAUAGAAUAGACCGUAGCAAUGGCGGCGUCUAUGGACCAGCCGACACUGGCCGCCCGAGCGGCGGUGGUCGAGGCUGGGGCGGUGGAGGAGGGGGAAGAGCGCAAGGCAACAACGGUGCCCCCAGGGACGAAUCGUGGGUGGAGCACCGCCUGAAGCUUCGGGCGGAUCAGGAGCAAGGGAAACCCAAGGUGCCGAGGUCGACAUCCCCCGAACACACGGGCCGGGUUGCCGAGGUUGAGGUCAACGCCACUGGGCUCAACACGAUCACUAUGCCCCCGGAGGAGAUGAAUGAACUGGACGCUGCCGAGGCGGCACAAUUCAAAGCUGAUGUUCAGGGUCAUCGCCAUCAGGAGGAGAGCGACGAAGACGCAGGACCUAUGCCUGUCCCGCAGCUCGACGAGUUGCAGGGAGAAGGCGAAAGGGGUGUCAACUACGGUGGGGCACUUCUACCAGGAGAGGGUGCCGCUAUUGCCCAGUUCGUGCAGAAAGGUCUUCGCAUUCCUCGCCGUGGUGAAGUGGGCUGGGCUGGCCAAGAGAUCGAGAAAUUGGAGGAUUCCGGGUACGUGAUGAGCGGCAGCCGCCACGCCCGCAUGAACGCCGUUCGUCUUCGGAAGGAAAACCAAGUCUUCAAUGCCGAGGAACGUCGUGCUCUGGCGUUGAUCAUGUUUGAAGAGAAGCAACAGAAGGAAAACGAAAUCUUGGGGAACUUCAGGCAAAUGUUGACCGAGUCAAACCAAGAGGGAGAGAAGCCGACUGCCGAAGGCUCCAAUGCAGCAUGAUCCGGGCAUACUCGUGGCGUGUUGCUCCGAGCACACGAGACCCUGCUCGUCCAUAUUCGCCACUUAGUCAAGACAUACGAGCGUACCCCACGUCCUAGAAGAAAUACCGCAAGGGGAUGAUGAUGACGGGUCGGGUUUUGCCCAGAGCUGAAUUGGGAGCUGGGUACUGAGUGUUCAGGGUAGGUAGCAAACAUCCUACACAUAAAACGGUAUAGGGGAGUUGGUUCGAGAGCGAAGCAUAGGACAUAUGCUAAAUUCUCUCGGCAUGCAGAGGCCUCCCUGGGCCUCUGGCCAUGUCGGCUCUUUGUUCCCGUGGAACUGCUGCAGCAGCUAUGUUGCCCAAGACGCGCCCACGUCGUUUCUCGGCAAGACUGGCCUCGAAAAGACCAAUACCGCACAAGCUGUUGGGGAGAUGUUUUUCUUGCCAUGUCCAUGACGUGGCGCCCCGAGUAUGAUUUGGUAGGGAAUCGCAAACCAUGACCCCUCCCCGAGUUUGAGCAUCAGCUUCCUCCUCCUGUUGCGGGCAAGAAUGGACUUUGUCUGUGUCGCCACCGAACAACAGUUGGACAGUUGGGCGAAGAGAUUCCGGUCCGCCGGAUUUUUUUUUGUAUUUUGUUGCCCACUGCCAUAUAUAUGAUGAUACUGUGAUCUCGAGCUACAGUAGUGCACAUCUCAUGGCGCCCAGGAGUACGGGUCCGCAGGUAAUUGCAUCACGACCCCUCUCCGCGAGUUUGAGUGGCUUCCGCUGCGGUGGAAAACACCGGUGACGAAGCCUAGACUUUGUGUCGCCAUGUCGCCAUCGGCGAACAGCAGUUGGAGAGGAACAACAACAGAGAGUUCGCUUCGCCACUAAGAACCAGUUUUUUCGAAUCUUGCUGGUGAGGGAUGAUGCUUGAAUGUAUCGGGUGUAACUGUGUGAGCUUUAGGGAUAGGGUCGAUGGUAGCACAUUCAUGUGCAUAGGAAGCUAUGCGAGGGGUGAACGCCUUGCUCGCGUAGCGAUGCGCAUUUCCCAAGGCAAGCAUGAGUACGCCAUC